UUUAUUUUGAAAUUGCAAGUUUCAGAUAGUCCACUUUAUUUUUCAGAAAACUGUUAAGUGCAAUCACACUGAAAUAGAGGGAGGUGUAAUGACCAAAGGGCACCUCUGUGGGGACCAGCAACUCUGACUGCACUGGGGCAGAGGGAGCUCUGCUUUCCAUCUGGGCUCCCCAGUCUUCAGGCUGUGAGUAAUGCUUAAAAUGCAUCAGUAACUAAGCAGCUGCAGAUACCUAAACAUAAAAAAGUUUAGGAAAAUUCGUUCACAAGAAUAAAAGUGAUUUUUAGAGGAUUCCAAAUACAAUACAUAGGACUGACUCAAAUAAAAUGAUCCCAGCCUGUCAAUGUCUUCUUUCAACAGUCCAUGAUGCCCAGAGUGAAGAAAUGUCCAACAGCAGCUCCAUCAGCCACUUCCUCCUGCUGCCAUUGGCACACACGCGGCAGCUGCAGCUCCUGCACUUCUGCCUCUUCCUGGCCAUCUCCCUGGCUGCCCUCCUGGCCAACGGCCUCAUCAUCAGCGCCGUAGCCUACGGCCACCUCCUGCACAGCCCCAUGUUCUUCUUCCUGCUCAACCUGGCCCUCAGCGACCUGGGCUCCAUCCUCACCACUGUCCCCAAAGCCAUGCACAAUUCCCUCUGGGACACCAGCAACAUCUCCUAUGAAGGAUGUGCUGCUCAGGUGUUUCUGCUUAUCUUCUUUCUGGGAACUCAGUAUUUCCUCCUGACCAUCAUGUGCUACGACCGCUACGUGUCCAUCUGCAAACCCCUGCACUACGGGACCCUCCUGGGCAGCAGAGCUUGUGCCCACAUGGCAGCAGCUGCCUGGGCCAGUGCCUUUCUCUAUGCUCUGCUGCACACGGCCAAUACAUUUUCCCUGCCUCUGUGCCAUGGCAAUGCCCUGGGCCAGUUCUUCUGUGAAAUCUCACACAUCCUCAAGCUCUCCUGCUCCAAAUCCUACCUCAGGGAAUUUGUGAUUACUGUAGUUUCUGCCUCCUUAAUAUUUGGCUGUUUUGUGUUCAUUGUUUUCUCCUAUGUGCAGAUCUUCAGGGCUGUGCUGAGGAUCCCCUCUGAGCAGGGACGGCACAAAGCCUUUUCCACCUGCCUCCCUCACCUGGCUGUGAUCUCCCUGUUUCUCAGCACUGGCACAUUUGCCUACCUGAAGCCCCCCUCCAUUUCCUCCCCAUCCCUGCAUCUGUCCCUGUCAGUUCUGUACUCGGUGGUGCCUCCAGCCCUGAACCCCCUCAUCUACAGCCUGAGGAACCAGGAGCUCAAGGCUGCAGUGUACACACUGAUCACUGUACGAUUUCAGAAACAUUAA